UUCUAGAAGCCACAGCGUGCCAGGGCCCAUUCUUGCUCCCAGCCCAGCCAUCACCACCCAUGGCAUCCCUGCUGCCCGUCCGGACCUUGCCCUCGAUCCUGAUCCUGCUGGCGGUCCUAGCCCCAGCGGCUGUAGACUUCAACAUCUCAAGCGUCUCUGGUGUGCUGUCCCCUGCGCUAACGGAGAGCCUACUAGUUGCCUUGCCCUCCUGUCACUUCACAGGGGGCAACGCCACGCUGAUGGUCCGUAGAGCCAAUGACAGCAAAGUGGUAAAAUCCAGCUUCGUGGUGCCUCCAUGUCGCGGGCGCAGGGGGCUAGUGACUGUGGUGGACAGUGGGGCUGGCUUCACGGUCACUCGGCUCCGUGCAUACCAGGUGACAAACCUCGUACCAGGAACCAAAUACUACAUUUCCUACCUAGUGAAGAAGCGGACAUCCACUGAAUACAGUAAAGAGAUCCCAAUGUCCACACUUUCUCGAAGGAAGAUGGAGUCCAUUGGGUUGGGAAUGGCCCGAACAGGGGGCAUGGUGGUCAUCACAGUGCUGCUCUCCAUCGCCAUGUUCCUGCUGGUUGUGGGCUUCAUCAUCUCCCUGGCAUUGGGUGCCCAAAAGUGAAAAGGCCUGCACUGAGCAGCAGGCUCCUCCAGGAAGCCCAGGGCACUGUCUACUUCCCCAGCCCAGGGCUUUGCCUUUAGCUCCUGCCUCCUCUCCUGAAAAGGCUGCCCCUCCUAGUCCUCAGUCACCAGCAUUCGACUCCUUUAGUUCCUUCACCUUCCCUUCCUUACCCCUCUC